AUGCGAUGGCUGCCUUGUCUUCUGCUGCUAGCAGUCGGCUCGGCGCACCCCGAGGACAGCACCUGCGAGGUCGAUGACGAGGCGGUUUUCCUGCAGAAAAGCCUCGUGCUGGUCUCCGAGCCUGUGCACCUCCAAGGUGCUGGGAACACCACGCAGGAGCAGCGGACCCUGGUGGCCCUAGUGCAGGCGGUCGCCGAGACCACGGUCCCCCUGCCUGCAUGGCUGUGCUCCGGGGUGCUGCUGGUGGUCUUCGUCAUCCUCCUCCAGGAGGUCCUGGUGGCCCCCGGCCUGGUGCGUCCGGCCUUGGCGCCACCCUCUGGCGCCUUGUCCCAGGCCAUCUUUGUCUGGAUGUGGGUGUGUACGUUUGCGGCCUCUUCCGUUGUGAUGCCCGUGGCCUUUGACUUCGCCAUUGCCGUGGGCCACGGGGCCGUGCUCUCGGGCUUCCUACUCUCCGCGGGCGCCUUGGGCAGCGCCCUGGGCUUGCUGGCGGGUGCCAGCUGCGUGUGUGAAGAUGCCUGGGACCAGCCGGCUGCCCGCCGGCUCUGCGUCUGGGCUGGGCUGCUGACCAGCGCGAUUCAACUGCUGGAGGCCUGCGUGGCCCAGUCGGCCUUGUUCCCCGGCGGUGGCCUCUGGCUGCUUCUUGCCCUCCGCCAGGGUGAGGCCUUUUCGGCCGGAUUCGCUCUGGCGCCGGCGCUGGCGAUGCAGCGGCGGAUCGCUGGCGAGACGGGCUCGACGAUGGUCCAGUUCUCGCGAAGCCUGGGAUCCGCCGCAGGCCCUGUGCUGCUGCUGCUGGGGGUCUCUUCGGGUCUCCCCUCGGGUCUCCCACAGGCUUUCGCCCUGGCAGCGCUGGUCUCCUUAGCGAGUGCGGCCCUGUGCAGCCUGGUGCUUCCUCAGACACUGCCGGUGCCGGCGGCGGCUGCACCAGUGAAGGAGUUGGAGAUGGAUGCAGGUGCCCGCAAGCAGCUGGUGUCGUGGAUCUCGUGCUUCUUCAUGGUGCGGCCCUUCGUCACGGCUGGUGCGGAGGCGGCGACCAUGCUGAUUCUGGAGGUUGGCUAUGGCUGGUCUGCUGUGACCAGCGGCCUCAGCAUCUCCCUAGCUUCUCUUGCUUCCCUCCUCUUCGCGCCCCUGGGAGCGGACUCUCCGACCCGCGAGAGCAUGGUCUUCAUGACCUGCGCCGCCCUGUCCUUGCUUGGCUGUGCCUUGGUCUUCGACCUCAAGGCCCUGGGAGUCGGCGGCUUGCUGGUGGGAGACAUCCUGCUGCAGAGCACCGCGGUCCCGGCCAGCGCCAUUGCGGAGCGUUGGGCAAAGCGCGCUGCGGCGCCGAACAGCACCUGGAGCCCUUCGUCCUUCCACCUGGCCGCGCUCGGCUCCUCGUCGCUGAGCCGCUUCCUGGCACCACCCCUGGUGAGGGCCUUGCUUGUCCAAGGAGGCCGCAACCCGUAUGGCUUGCUGCAGCUGGUGCUGUUGACGGCCGCCGGCUACAUUGCAGUGCGAAGCUGCAGCCUGUUUUGGGGGAUGAAGGCGGCGAGCCCCAAAAGGGAGCCGAAGAUGCCUGCCCAGUGA